UGGAGUUCCUGGAGUGGGUAGGCUGCUGUGCGCAUGCGCAGAUGUAUGCUACGUCAGCCGUUAGCGUUAGCGAGUGUGUGUAAAAUCUACGUGGCUUUCUUCUGAAGUCCCUGACCUGCCGCUGUUACACCGCUUCAUCACUCACAUUUACUAACACAGCCAACAUGGAUCAGGUCAUGCAGUUUGUUGAACCCGGCCGUCAGUUCGUCAAGGACUCCAUCAGGCUCGUGAAACGAUGCACAAAACCAGACAGAAAAGAAUUUCAGAAGAUUGCAAUGGCCACAGCGAUUGGGUUCGCUAUCAUGGGCUUUAUCGGAUUCUUUGUCAAACUCAUCCACAUCCCCAUCAACAACAUCAUUGUCGGUGGUUGAAUCAACGUCAUCCUGAACCUUCUUUAGACAUUGGAAGCAUGGAACAACGCUGGAUGAUGGACUGGUUCUGAAUUUGUCGAUAUUUUUUUUCCGUUCUGUUUUGUUAUUUUUCGGUUUUAAUAAAUCAAAGGGGGAAAAAGUG